AUGUUUCGGCGCAGCUCUGAUGACAUCAACAUGUUUACGGAAGCGGUUGUGGGAUUUAUCGGGAAACUAGCGGACGACACAGCAGAAAGAACUAUCAUCCGAACGUUUCCCAACCAGAAGUCGUGGGUGGAUAAAAACAUCCGCGACGCUCUGAGAUCAAGCACCGCUGCCUACAAUGAAGGGCUCGUCUCCGGUAAUAUGGACCUAUACAAGGCUGCGUCCUACAACGUGCGCAGCGCGGUCAGAAAGGCAAAGCGGAGCUACGGGGAAAAACUAGAGUCACAGCUACGACAGUGCGACUCUAGGAGCCUGUGGAAAGGACUGCGGACUAUAACGGACUAUAAACGACCAGCUUCUUCAAUGAUGAAUGCCGAUGCUUCACUGGCUGAUGAGCUGAACACAUUUUAUGCUCGCUUCGACGCCGCACGACCUGACAUUGAAAAGAGCCAUCCGUGUCCAGGGCGCAGCAUCCGCACGAGUAGCACGUCGCAGGGCUCUGAGGUUGCAGUGGUUGACACCACGUCUGUGCGGGGCGAUCCAGGUCCGAGCAGGGAGGCAUGCCGCUGGGAGGGCUGGUGCACCAGUGAAGACAAUGCAUUCAUCAUCACAGAGCAUGCCGUGAGGAACACCUUCAGGAGGGUGAACACCAGGAAGGCAGCAGGACCAGAUGCAAUCCCUGGCCGGGUCCUGAGAGCCUGUGCUGACCAGCUAGCACCGGUGUUCACGGAGAUCUUCAACCUUUCCUUGGCCCAAGCAGUGGUUCUCACGUCCUUCAAACAGUCCAUUAUUGUUCCUGUUCCAAAGAAACAACAGCCCGCUUGCCACAAUGACUACCGUCCAGUAGCACUGACUUUAAUUGUGAUGAAGUGUUUUGAAAGACUGAUGAGAGACCACAUCACUUCUUCACUUCCUGCCACCAUCGACUCACUUCAGUUUGCUUACUGGACUAAUCGUUCCACAGACGAUGCCAUAUCUCACCUGCUCCACACAUCCCUGAGUCACCUGGACAUUGGCAGAGGGAAUUAUGUUAGGAUGCUGUUCGUGGACUACAGCUCAGCAUUCAACACAAUAAUUCCCUCUAAGCUUUUCACCAAGUUGACGGAUCUAGGACUCAGCUCAGCACUGUGUCAGUGGAUCCUCAACUUCCUCACAGACAGACCCCAAUCAGUGAGGGUGGGAAAACAAGUCUCCCCCUCCAUCUCACUCAGCACUGGAGUGCCUCAGGGCUGUGUUUUAAGCCCCCUGCUGUACUCACUGUACACUUAUGACUGCGUAGCCACAUCAGACACCACCUCCAUUGUCAAGUUUGCUGACGACACUGUUGUUGUAGGCCUGAUCUCCGACAACAUCGAGACGGCCUACCUGGAGGAGAUUAGGAACCUGGAGAACUGGUGCCAGGAGAAUAACCUCCUCCUAAACGUCAGCAAGACUAAGGAGCUGAUCGUGGACUUCACUACAAAGCAGGCAAGGAAUUACAAACCCCUCAUCAUCAGUGGCACGCCAGUGGAGAGAGUGGACAGUUUCCGAUACCUGGGUGUCCACAUCACUCAGGACCUGUCAUGGUCCUGUCACAUCAACACCCUGGUUAAGAAAGCCCGUCAGCGUCUCUUCUUCCUCAGAAGACUUAGAGACUUCCAUCUGCCACUGAAGGUGCUCAAGAACUUUUACUCCUGCACCAUCGAGAGCAUCCUGACGGGAAACAUCUGCACCUGGUUUGGGAACAGCACCAAGCAGGACAGACGAGAUCUGCAAAGAGUGGUGCGCUCGGCCGAACGCAUCAUUCAAUCAGAGCUCCCUGACCUGCUGUCCAUCUACACCAAGCGGUGCAAGUCCAAAGCUAGGAAGAUUAUGAUGGGCCUCUCCCAUCCCAACAAUGGACUCUUCUCACUGUUGAGGACUUCCUUCGGGGCCACAGCACCACCCAUCAUUGACUAUCUGAAAGAUAUUCUACGGCGAUAUCCAGAUGAUGAUGUGGUUCAGUUGGCUUCUUCGAGUGAUGGCGUUCAGCUCGCAGCCAAGUGUGAAGCAGUGGGAAUAAGAAUCAGCACCUCCAAAUCUGAGGUCAUGGUUCUCAGCCAGAAAAGGGUAGAGUGCCCGCUCCCAGGUCAGGACAAGGAUGAGUUCCUGCCCCAAGUGGAGGAGUUUAAGUAUCUCGGGGUCUUGUUCACGACUUUAUGUUUGUUAUGUUUUUAUGAAGGUCCUGCUCUCUAUGCCUACAACAAUGCCGCAUUCACUGAUGAAGACUGGCAAGGAAUUCAGAUGGCUGGAAGGAGUGUCAAGCGUGAUAACCCAAACAGAGUGGGAAGGUUUGGAAUCGGCUUCAACUCCGUUUACCACAUAACAGAUGUGCCAAGUAUAUUCAGUUCAGAGCAUCUUGGCAUGAUGGAUCCCCAAGAAAAAAUAUUUGGAGAGAGAAAAAAAGGGUUUCGGUGGUCAUUGGAUAAUGCUGAAGACCAAGAAGUUCUGUUGAAUAUGAGUGAUCAGUUUCAACCAUUUAGAGAUAUAGUCUCACUUGUAUGUGAACAUGGAUGGUCAAAAGUUGUCAUGGAGGAUCAGCACUUCAAUGGGACAAUUUUUAGAUUUCCUUUACGCAAUGAAGCAUCAGAAAUUUCUGAUAAUCUGUAUGACUCAGAUAAAGUGGUUGAGCUUUUUGAUAGCUUCAUUGCAGAUGCAGAUUUGAGCCUCCUCUUCUUGAAAAAUGUCACCUCCGUGUCCUUGUUACAUAUUAGUGAAGAUGGAGCUGUUAACACCAGACUUGAAGUGAAAUCUUCAGUCCCCACAGAUGGUGUUUUAGAGCCAGAAGAGGAGUCAGUCACUGAGGGUCUAACAAGGUUCAAAGUUAUAACUGUGAGUUCAGAAGACCAAAAAGAGACAAAGUGGCUUCUGACAACAUGUACCAUGAAAGAGGGCGUUGCAGAAGAUCUUGAUUUGCUUACAAAGAAGUUGAGCUUUUUACCUCAAGUUGACCUGGCAUUCCCCUGUGAUUUCUUCAAGGUCACCAACAUUGAUGCAUCCCAUGUGGCUGAAUAUGCAAGACGAUAUUUGCCACCAGACUGGAAGCAGACAGGGAAGAACCUUGUUACAUGGGACAACAACAACAGGAAGCUCAGUGACAGAGUUAGCAACAGCCUUGGUCUCAAAGACCUACCACCACCUGAAAAAGUGAUUGAGAAUCUGUCAGUCUUGAAAUCAAAAGCACUGGAAAUGGCUAAUCCUGACACAGAUGUAGACUUCAAAACACAGCUGCACAGCAUUUACAAACACAUGCAAGACAAUGUCUCUGUAUUUGUUACAAUGAUGGGCAAUGAGGCAUGCUGGCUAUGGACUCACAACCAGUUUGUUGCACCCCAGGAUCUGGUUCUUGAAUACCCAAAUAAUCUAGAUCUAAGUUCUUACAUUGGGAAGGUACCAAGUGAAUUUUUGCCGUACAGAACAUUGUUCCAGAGGUUUGGCCUGAGAAAAGUACUUUCCAAUGAAGACAUUUUGGGCAUUCUGUACUCCAUCCAGCAAACAAUUGAAGCAAGACAACCGCCAUUUGCAAGUUCCUCUGAGGUCAAAGUGUCAAUAGAAAUUCUCAACUGGCUCUGGAAAGAGAAGAAAACAGUUCAGGAUGACAUCCCAGUGCCAGUCAUUGCUGAGGGAGGAAAAUUUACCCUUAAACCACGAUCAACAGCUCUUUUCUGUGAUGUAAGCAAAAAUGGACUGAAAGAACUAAACUGCAGAGAAGAGGAAAUUUAUGUCAUACAUGAGGAAAUCCCAAAAGCAGCGGCUGAAUGGCUGGAAAUUUGUUUUCUCAGUACCCACAUCCUUGAUCCAGAGGAGAUAGGAAUAGAGCAGUGUGGACAAUCUGAACCAAUGACAAUGAGGAUAAAAAACAUUCUUAAAGAGUAUGAUGAAGACAGUGACAUCUUCAAAGAGCUCAUCCAGAAUGCAGAGGAUGCUGGGGCAGAUGUUUGCAAGUUCUUGGUGGAUUUCAGAGUACACAGAGAUGCCCCUGAAAGCCUGAUUGACCAUGACAUGGCUCUUUGUCAGGGACCUUGUCUUUGGGCUUUCAAUAAUGAGCAGUUCACAGCAGAGGAUUGGAAAAAUAUUGUCAGAGUUGGCUCAGCCUCAAAGGAAAACAAAGUGGAAAAAAUUGGAAAGUUUGGACUUGGAUUCAACACUGUGUAUCAUGUGACAGAUGUCCCCUCCAUCCUUAGUGGCAACACUCUUCUCAUACUUGAUCCAAAUGUUACUCAUCUCACAAAGCAUAUCAAACAUAAAUCAAAUCCUGGAAUCAAGCUGGAUCUCUCUCAACAGCGACUCUUUCAUUGUUUUCCUGGUCAGUUUGGAUCAUAUGAAAACAUUUUUGAGUGUAAUUUUACCAGAAAAAGUCCUCCUGAACCCUAUCCAGGAACUCUGAUCAAACUACCUUUCCGAAGUGAAGAAGAGGCUGUCAAAUCAGAAAUAAACCCAAAAGUAGAUGACAAGUCAAAUCUGACACUAAGUGAUGUGAGGAAAUUCUUCAGUGACUGCUACAUUUUACCUGUUGUGUGUCCAAGGUUGAACAACAAGCACUUCCUGCAAACAAUGAAACACAUGUCAAGUGUUGUGUUUGCCUCAGAAAAACACAAAGACAUAUCAGGCAUCCUCUUCAAACUUGGUUUUAUGAGGUUUGAUCAUGUAUUCUUCUCUGAGAUGGGCCAACAGGUAUAUUCAUGUCUACAGCAUGAGCUUCUCCAUGCAGAUGAUCAAAGCUCAGUGUUGGAUCAAGUGUACAACAUUAAUCACCCAGAGUUUUCCCACCUUUCAAAUGAUAAUAUGAAAGAGUUUCAGAUCUUCCUCCAGUCGGGAUUAUCCAAAUCCAAAGACAAUCAAGAGUAUAAGAGGAAGCUCAAAUCCUUACCAAUAUUUGAAACAACACAUGGUGAACGAGUGAGGAUUGAUGGAACUAAACAGGUUUAUGUUGUCGACAGCUUUUAUUCAGUGCGAUUUCCAGAUUUAUUCAACCUGCCUAACAGCAACAGCAUUUUUCUCAAGUACAACUCCGAGAACUACAUGCUGUCAGAAACACUCAACAUUCAGGUCCUGAAUGAUUUGCAGUAUUUCAUGAAGUUCAUUCUGCCUGCUGUACACCAACUCACAGAGACACAGAUUCUUCACAGCCUCAAGUUGUUGCUGUCACUACAUUACUCUUCAGAGGACAAGAAAACUAUCAUCUCCUCACUGAAGACAGUGAAACUGAUUCGCAGUUCUCAAGGUAGACUGGAGCCUGCAUCAUACUACUUUGAUGAGAGUGUGGAGCUUUACAGAACAAUGCUGCCUCAAGAGAAAUUUGUUCCUGAGAGAUUUUGGACUGAUCUGUGUGAAGGAGAUGGUUAUAUAAAAACACAAGCAAAGCAGCUGGUCAGAGAAUUUGGAAUGAAGCAUGUUGUGUCAAACGAUGAGAUAAUAAAUUUUGCGUACCAGCUGGAAUCAGAAGCAAAAGGAAAAGGAAGAAUUGAAGACCUGAAACUGAAAUCAUCCUUACUUUUCAGGAAAGCCUUGAAUAAAGCAUGUGAUGCCAAAGACAACAAUGAAAGGUUGCUGGAAAGCAUUGCUGACAUCAAAUUCAUUUUUCCAGUGAUUAUUCGAAAAGAACUGUCCAACUACCACCAAGCAUUUGCUGCUGAAGGAACUACUGUUAAAAUUAGAGGCUUGUUGAUUGACAAAAAUCCAGAGCAUCAAGAUUUGAUUUGGACCUCAAUGCCAAUUGUAGACCUGCCAGUUAUGUCACAAAGUCUUCGGAAAAUGAUAAAAAAUGCUGGAGCUCAUGAGGAACCACCUCCAAACUGUGUAACCAGUAACGUAAGAAACAUCUGUCAGUCACCAUGUGAAACUGACCAGCUGAUCAAAACACGAGCUAAAGUGUUCAGAAGUUCGUACGCUUACCUGCAAGCAAACAGAUUUGAAGGAAACCAGCUGGCUGGUCUUCCUGUUGUGCUGGUUGAAAAAGACACAAAACUUAUGAGGCCUGAUGACGUGUGUCUGUCGCUCUCCUAUGAUCUGGACUUCAGACCAUAUCUGUACAAGAUUACUCCAGAAGAUGCAAUGUAUGCACCGUUCUUUCAGAAAAUUGGUGUGAAGAACAAAGCUACUGCAGAGCAAUAUUGUAAUGUUUUGGCAGCAGUUUACGCUGAUUCCUGUGAUAAACAGAAACUACAUUCAAACCAGCUGAGAACUGUGAAACGAGCUGUUGAGCAGUUGUUUAAGUCAAUCAGUGCUCAGGGAAAUGAGACACUUCUUGAAAAUGUGGAGACUCUGUAUCUUCCUGCAGUAGAUGGUAAAUUAUACCCAUCAUCCACACUCUGCUACAACGACACGGUGUUUGAGACCAAAAGGUUGGAAGAAGCUCUGGAGAACAAGUUCCUGCUUCUUGAGAAACUCAGUGAAUGUCAUUUGGGCAACGACAAAUACAAGCAUCAUCAGCUGUUGCAACUGCUGCCUCAGAAAUUUCAGCCAAAGAUGCUGUCUGAGUUCACAGAGGAAAGAGUUGUGGAAUCAAAGAUGCAGCUUUGUGAACUUGGGACUGGCUGUGAAUUUAGUGGAUGGUUUGAUAAACAUCUCUCCUCAGGAGCCUUUAAAUAUGGAUUAAUUUGUCUUAUUAGAGAGAAUUCUCAAGGCAAAAUAACACAAGAAGAUGCUAUUAAAAUGUGUGAGAAGACUUUUGGCAGUAUACAGAUUAUCUGCUGCAAAACUUUGGAAACAGCUCUCUGGCUCGAUAAACAGCUACUUCACAAAACUGAUGAAGAAACUGAUGUAUCUGUGGAACGAGGGCAACAAGGCUGCACCUUUUACUUAAAGCACAAUGAUGACAUGGCUCUCAAGGUAAUAAAUGAAGUCAUCAUGACACUGACAAAGGAGAUUAAUGCUCUUUUAGGAAACAGAAUUGCAUCGGUUCACCUUCCAGUGCUGGGACAACUCCUCAUGUGUGAUGAUCUGCAAGAUGUUCGGAAAACUCUGGCUAAAAAUCAGAUCCUUGACAGUGCUGAAACUGAAAGUUCCUCUUUUAGCCUACCAGCCGCUGGGACAGAAAUUCCAGAAGAAUGGCAUGAUUGUUUGGACAUGAAUGUCCUCAACAACUUUGAAGAGGGGGAAUAUGUUGGCUACAGCAUUGAUGACAAGUACAUUUAUGCAGUUAUUGUUGAAGAACUGCCUGGUCACAAUGGACGAUAUUCAUGGAGAUACAAAAUAGAAGUAGGAGAAGAUGAGCCCAUUGAAGUCAGCUGUGUUGAUCUGUUUCAGUUUAAACGAGAAAAGAAGGUAAAAACAGAAGAAAACACUUGCAUGGAACUGGAACCACUGGCAGGAGCUGUGCCACAUUAUUCUAAACCAUCAACAAAUUCCUUACCGGCCUCUGUUCAGGAAGCUAAAAGGGAAAUUGAUAAAUGUCUGGCAGAGAUCUGGAGACUUCCUGAGGAGGAGAGGCACAAAGCCAUCAAGAGACUGUACCUCAGGUGGCACCCUGACAAAAAUCCUGAUUGCCAGUCUCUCACCAAUGAGGCAUUCAAAUAUUUACAGAAUCAAAUUGAUGAGCUCAGCAAACCCAAAGCUGCAAGCUCGACCUUUUCAAGCAGAAAUACACAUUUCAGAGGCUUCUAUCAACAGUGGAAUCAGGAGGCCAGGUAUCACAGAAAUAGUCGACAGAGGUUCUCUAGAGGUUAUAGAGGUUUCCAUUCCUACAACUUCUGGACCCACAAUGAAAAUGUCCCAAGGCCAGACAGAGAAGAGGCCAGACGCUGGUGUAGACAGGCUCGCUGCGAUCUCAAUGCAGCUCACAAAGACACUGGUGGAGGGAGCACAGAGUGGUGUCUGUUUAAGGUCCAUCAAGCAGUGGAGAAGUCUCUCAUAGCAGCAUGCUAUAAAAGAAAUGGACAACGCCCCAACAGCAGCUCAAUUUCAGCCACUGCUGCACAAGUUUCCCGCUACAGCCCCCAACUGAGAGAUCUGCCUGAGAUUGUGAAAAACCUGCAGACACUCGGGGUGGAUCCCAAAAGGACUCAAUAUCCCAACUGCCAUCCCUAUCCCCACAUACCGAACGGACAGUUCAGAUCAGAGAAUGAAAUGCUGGCACUGAACAAGGCAUCUGAGCUCCUUAAUAAAAUAGAAGAAUAUGUGAAUUAA